AGCAUCUGCUGCAAUGAAGAGAUUUUUCGUCUGCAGUUGUUUUUACUCUCACAACUUUUUCUUGAAGAAAUACCAUACUCACGUAGUUUUUGUGUCAGAUCAACAGCUUUUGGACAAAUAUUUAAAAACAUUAAGAAAUAAAGGAUGUGUGACAGAAGAUCAGUUCAAGGAGGUUUUGAGUGAGAUUAAAAAAGAAUUGCAAAGAAGGGAAACUCUUGGUCAAGCUUAUUUAGAAAGAAGGAAAAUUAUUCAAGAAAAGUAUAUACCAAAGCAUCCCCAGAUAUUUAGGUUAAAGGAAGAAUUUUUAUCUCCAGAUUUUAUUAGCAUAGUGAAGUUUUGUCAGGAUUCCAAAGUUACCUGUUCUGCUGUUAUUGAAAAGAUCCAGAAUGGACCAGCUGAGAAAUGCUAUACAUUACCUGUCUUUACUGAAGAAUACUGUAAACUUAUGAUGGAAGAACUUGAGCAUUUUGAAGAUAGUGAUUGUCCAAAAGCCAGACCAAACACCAUGAAUAAUUAUGGACUACUAUUGAAUGAAAUUGGAUUUGAUGAAGAAUUUUUGAUACCAUUACGAGAAAAGUACCUUCAACCAAUUACAGCUCAUCUGUUUCCUGAAUGUGGUGGUGAUGAACUUGACUCACACAAAGCAUUUGUUGUCAAGUACAAGAUGGGAGAAGACCUUGACCUCAAUUUUCACUAUGACAAUGCUGAAGUCACAAUUAAUGUAGCUCUAGGCAAGGAUUUUACUGGUGGUGACCUGUAUUUUGGUGACAUGAGAAAAGCACACAAUGCCCAAACGAAAUACAAAGAAUAUCAACAUAUUAGAUAUACAGGGUUAUUACAUAGAGGACAGCAUAUGCAUGGGGCUAAACCGAUACAAUCUGGAGAACGAUAUAAUCUGAUUAUUUGGAUGAGGUCCUCAAAAAUACGAAACAAAUUAUGUCCAAUGUGUGACAAUGAACCAGAACUUGUUGAAACUGUAGGCUUUGGUGAUGGUUUCACCAAACAGGAAGAAGUUAUUAAUGUAUGUGCAAUAUGACUUUCUUUGUUAAACAUUAUUCAACAAUUAUAGUUGAAAUGGUGCUAGGAUUGAUAAUAACAUAAAUUACAUUAUCAACAAUUGAUGUUGUUAUUUUGGACCAUACAUUUAUUCUAGUGUUUUUAUCUGAUCAACCUGAAAUCUAUUUGAUUAAUUAAAAUCUACAAUUCUUA